AUGUCCAUGUAUCUUACAAUCAAUCCUGCUCUAUCUACGCCAAGAUUUGGACCCAAGAUGGUGAUGGAAACAGAAGUUCGGUCUUCAUCUCCUUUACCAGAACGACCGUUCCAGCGUCCAUUCCGUGGCCAAGAUCCCGAAGCUGUUGAUCGGGUUAAAGAAUCAUGUGCCAGAAUUCUCUCGCAAAUCAACGUAAAUGCCCCACCAUUAGAUGAUGAGGACUUUCUGACAUUUGCCACAAAUGCAUGUUGUGCUGAGUGGAGACUUCGACAGAAAAAUUCCGAAAUUGCUCUGAAGCAGCCCACAAAUUUCGAUAACGUUUUUAGUAAUCUAGUCAGCCAGCUCGGCUUCAAUUCGGUCGCCUUUUGGAAAGUGGCUGUCCCUUUAAUCUAUGACUCAGAUCUCUCCUUCGCAACACAAUUUCGGGACUCGUUGCUUUUCUCUCUUGCGUUGUAUGAUGUCAACAACAGCAAGAACCGAUUGCGCGAACUGUAUGCAGCCGUACCUGGAGUGCGUCAGAGCAUGCUGGGUGUGCAUGCCAAAAGAUUUGGUGAAAAGUAUCGGCACAUCCAGAUGGUGCGAUCUCGAGCAAACUCAAGAGUGUCAUCGAGGCGCGGCUCCAUUGAAGAUCUCUUAUCUCUUGAAAAUGACGUUGUUGAUGACGCUCAAUCAGAUGGAACAAGUGAGGGUCUUUCAACUGGAACAGGCGUUACAGGGCUCAUGGACACGAUGCAUCAUAAGCAAAGAGUCAUAAACGUAUCGAACGCACCACCUGUGUCCAUCCAACGUAAAGGAAGUAAUUCUUGGGAGAUUAAACAAGGUUCCGGAGGACUGGUGUCAUGCGUAGAUCCAGUGAUGUCGGUGGACAAAGAGAACAUAUGGCUUUCAAAUCUUGGAAUCAACCUCAAGGAAGAAAAACAAGAUGAAUUGGAUGUGCAUCCUUCAACUAACUCGCUGGGUCUUCCUCUUAUCAAACAAGCCCGAGCUGGAGAAAUUUUCCACGUCUUGGAAGAGAACGACAAGAAGCAGCAGCUCACUGACAGAGAGCAGCUUGUCGAGCAAGACAUGUCCCUUUUAUCCGUUCUGCAUGACUACAACAAGACAAAUUACCAAUUGAAUCCCGUCUUUGUUAGCCAGGAAGAUUACAACGCUUACUAUGGAGGAAUCAGCAAUGGACUAUUGUGGCCUGCUCUGCAUAAUCUUGCCGAAUACAUAGUAAAGGAAUAUGAUGAUCCUGCCACGCUUCGUGAGCACUGGUGCGCUUAUGUGCGUGUCAACUACCAAUUCGGGAUAAAUGCUGCCAGGAACAGUCGUCCUCAAGAUUUCAUCUGGAUUCACGAUUACCAUUUGAUGUUGACAGGGCAGAUCAUGAGAAGUUUGGACAGCAACCUUGAGGUUGGAUUCUUCUUGCACAUUCCAUUCCAACCUCCACCAAACUUCAUGACAAAGUACAAAGUAGUCGCUGACCCCAUUCUGCGAGGCAUUCUUCGUUUUACCAAGGUCGGGUUCCAAACCCACCGUGAUCGUGAGCGAUAUGUUCAGAUGGUGAGAGAGCAUAUUCCCAGAGCAAGAGUGCAUUAUGACCAGAGAAUCGACAUAUUUACCGUCACUUAUGAGGGUUGGACGUGCUCGUUGGGUGUCUUCCCAGUGUCCAUCAAAAACGAAGACUUUUUGUCAAUAGCCAACGAUCCGAAAUGCGCCAUUGAUGCAGAAGAAAUCAGAAAAGACAUUCUUGCUCAUAGUGGUCCAGGUGGAUGCUUCUUUUUCUCGGUAGAAAGAUUUGACUACACAAAGGGUAUUAUGGAGAAACUGAAAGCAUGGAGAAGGUACUUCGAAAAGCAUCCAGAGAGGAAAGGUUUGGAUGUGUUGUAUCAAGUCGCUGUGACAAACAGGCGCGCUGUAGAGUCAUACAAGAAAUACCAGGACAGUUGCUUGGCUUUAGCAAAAGAGAUUAAUGAAACGAUCAAGUGUGAUUCAAAUCCGGAAUGGAAACCCAUUAAAUUCGAUACUGAUGGUUUACAACGGGCGCGUUUGAUAGCUCACUAUUUGGCUAUGGAUAUUGGCGUCGUGACACCAUCCAAAGACGGAAUGAAUCUGGUUGCCAAAGAGAUGAUGGUUUGUAACCCUUCGGCAUCAUUGGUCCUCUCGUCUGGAGCUGGUACUGAGGUACAACUUGGAAAUGCUGGAUUCUAUUCAGAGGAUAAGAAAUACUACCAUCGUGUGGACGAUAUUGCAGAUAUUGAAAAUUUCGCUGAAGUCUUCUAUCGUGCCGCCACCGAGGAACGUGCUGUCAGACAAGAGCAUGGAGGCAGUCUCAACAAGUUCUUGAAGAGUCAUGACAUUGACGAGUGGAGUACCGCGUUCCUGGAUCCGAGUUGGACUCACGAAGUUAUUCGACCUAGUGAGAUCAAGCAGCUUGCUGAUUUCUAUAUGCUUAUGGCUCAAACUGCCCAAAUUCGUCGUCAAAUUGUGGAAGUGGUUCUCAAAGGUAUGCCUAUCCGGCCCCACUUCGCACUUUCCCUGGAGAACGCUAAGAAUUCUCUUGAAAAUAGCUGCAUACCUGACUCGAAUCGGCUCGUGUUGGAAACCAGCUCCCAUCAAGAGGAAGUUGAUGGUGUUGCUACCCAUGGCACGUUUGACAUCACGGACGAGCUGACUGAACUCCAAAAGGAUCUUGCGUUCCUCUCUUUUAUCCAGUCAGAAGAUACCAAUAACGUUGAACAGUUUAUUGACACGCUCGGCUCGUUCCAUCCAUCAGGGCCAACAGCCUUCGCAGCAGAGGUGGAAAAGGCAUCGGCACUUUUGACUCAAGGAGAUCACUUCCACUACGUUUUCACCGACAGAGAUGGUACUUUGAAGAGCUAUUCAUGUUCGUACCCGACCAGCGUUCAACCGGCGUAUUCUGCAGUCAUCCAGGCACAAUUUGCUCGCCGAUGUGCUCAGUUUUGUGCUAUCGUCACCACAGCUCCACUCGUUCACAUAGGAAUUCUCAACAUGAGUACAAUGCCGGAAGGCUACUAUGCGUACGGAGCAUCGGCUGGUCGAGAAUGGUAUUUUAAUCCUGCCAUGCAGUUCAAAGACGACAGUAUCAGCGAUGCUGACCUAGCAUUGCUCAACAAAGUUUUCGAUAAAAUCGAGGAUUUGCUAGAUGAUCCUGCUUACCGCAACUUUACCUGGAUUGGUAGUGGUCUACAGAAGCAUUAUGGUCAUAUAACUAUCGCAAAGCAGGAUGUAAAUAACUCAGUUCCACAGAGGAAGAGCAUGAUGCUAUUUGAUAAAGUUAGUAAAAUUGUGAAUGAUGUCGACCCAACUGGAGCUACCCUCACGCUGAGGGAAAGUGAUUAUGAUAUCAAAAUCUACACUAAGGCAAAGUUGUCUGGAAGAAUCUUCAAUAAAGGUCAUGGUGUUCGUCUAAUCGAGCGAAAGAUGGGUAUGCAGCUGCAAGACGGAAACGUGCUUGUAUGUGGUGACUCGGAGACCGAUCUGCCAAUGUUAGAGGAAUGCUUGUCGGUUGCUCCACAUAACGUGUACACUAUAUGGGUUACGAAAGAUGAGGCACUCCAGGAGAAGGUUACUCAAAUAUGUGCUCGGUUCCAUAAUACCAAUGUGACGUUUGUUUCCUGCCCUGAGGUUUUGCUCGGAGCGAUGGCGCAAGCUACCGUCCGCGAGCUCAAAGUUCGUGGCGACCUCGAUGACGAUAGCGACGACAUAUAAACAAAUCAUCACUAGUAAUUCGCUUACUCAUCUCAUCCUUUCCAUGGAACCUCUUUGAGCAUAGCACUUAAUUCCACAGACUCAUACUGUAUGGUUGCAAAUUAACAUGUUUUCUCAAACUGUUGUUGCCUGAUGCCGUUGCUGCCUCAAUUUCCAUGUCAUUAUCCUUACAGAAUCUUCCACUCAAACUGUCUUUUUGAAAUUGAGUUUCGAGUCGCUUUCGCUGUCUUCUGAACUUCCUUCAGUGCAUGACAUCCUUACCAUUACCGAUGGUCUUGGACAUUUUGGAUACGGUGACUUCUUGAUAUAUUUGUUUUGUUGUAACUUGUUUUAUUGCUUUUGUUAUUACUGAUGACAGCUAGAUGUUUAUAUAUGAGAGAAACAUAGUAUGCGAUACGCUUCUACAGUCAACUCGCUCACAAAUUUUUUUACAUGAUACUUACUACAAAGUAGUUGCAUUCUAGUUUACUUAUGAUUCCUAAACAGCUCAAUUUUUGACUGGAUUACGGUUUUCUUGCCAGCAUAUGUGUCCUAAUAAGUGAUAGUGACAUUUACAGUUUU